AUGGCAAGAAAAUCAGGGGGGAAAGGAAAGAUAACUAAUAAGAUUAAUAAAUCCUACCACAGUAUGAACCCAGACCGAAAAGCAAAAAAACAGUCGGAAGGGGGUGGAGGAAAUCUAAGAGAUAAGUCAACGAUCAAGCGACUGCAGAUGUACAGGAAUUUCAAGCCAAUUAGGAAUUCCUCUGGUAAAAUAAUAAAAAGUGCCCCAUUUCAAUCUCGUCUUGCUCCUGGUACUUCUGCUCGCAUUGAACCAAACAGAAAGUGGUUUGGGAACACAAGAGUCAUCACGCAGAAUGCUCUGCAAAACUUUCAAACUGAAAUGAAGAAGGUCAUGUCUAAUCCCUACCAAGUUGUGCUCAAGCAGACCAAACUGCCAAUCACUCUUCUCAAUGAAAAAUACAAGAACAAAAGAGUGCACAUAUUGGAUACUGAAAGCUUUGAGUCAACAUUUGGCAGCAAGGCCCAACGCAAACGACCCAAGUUUGCUGCAUCUGAUGUCAAUAGUUUAGCAGAAUUAGCUGAAGCAUCAUCAGGUAAGUAUGACAAAGAAAAGGAUGUGAACCUUGUUGUGGACAACAUGGGAGUGAAAGAUGAGCCCUCUGAACUCAUAUUCAAAGCAGGACAGUCAAGGAGAGUUUGGGGUGAGCUCUAUAAGGUCAUUGACUCAUCUGAUGUCAUAGCUCAGAUCCUGGAUGCCAGGGAUCCAGAAGGUACCCGAUCAAAACAGAUUGAAGAGUUCCUUAGGAAAGAGAAGCCUCACAAACACGUCAUACUAAUCUUGAACAAAUGCGAUCUUGUUCCAACCUGGGUUGCAAAAAAAUGGGUUGCGGUGUUAUCACGAGAAAUUCCAACAAUGGCAUUCAAAGCCAACAUAACGAAUUCGUUUGGCAGACAACCUCUAAUACAGUUGCUCAGGCAGUUCACUAUUUUGCACAAGGACAAAAAGCAGAUAAGCGUGGGUUUCAUUGGUUACCCUAACGUUGGAAAGAGUUCUGUUAUAAAUACAUUGAGGAAGAAAUCAGUGUGUAAUGUAGCUCCAAUUGCUGGUGAGACCAAGGUGUGGCAGUAUGUGACGCUAACAAAAAAGAUUUACCUGAUUGAUUGUCCAGGUGUCAUAUACCCUGUUGGCAACACAGAAGUUGAUAAAGUGCUGAAAGGAGUUGUGAGAGUGGAAAAUAUAAAAGAUCCUGAAGACUAUAUACCAACUGUUCUGGAAAGAAUUAGGAAAGAGGCUGUUUUGAAAACUUAUGGUGUUGAUGACUAUAAUGAUCAUGAAGAUUUCUUGGAGAAACUUGCCAUCAAAGCUGGUCGACUGUUGAAAGCUGGUCAGGCAGACACGGGUACUGUAGCAAGGAUGGUGCUAAAUGAUUGGCAAAGAGGAAAACUUCCCUUCUAUGUCAGACCUCCUGAACGCGAGAUUGAUACAACUGAAGACGACAAUAUCGAAACUGUAGAUGAUAGCAGUAAUGAAACCAGUAUAUUGUCAUCUCCUGAUACUACAAAUUUGCAAAUUGAAGUUACUAAAUGA